ACUGGCAGGCAGAGCUAGAAAGAGAGAGAGAGAGAGAGAGGAGGGAGAGAGGGAGGGAGGGAGAGGGAUAGUUGAGUUGUGUCCCAUACAUGGAGAAAAAAAGGGCAGCGGUGAACACAAGGUCUGCUCUCUGCCCCACAGGAUUAUCUAACUGCUGCGUUCCGAUAGAAAGAGAAUCUGCAGGCAUGAAUAGGGUAAGAGUGUUUUAGCGUGUUAGUACUGGCAGCCCGUAACAGUGAUGGACAACAGGCAGACAGACACUAACCUGGACCUGGCUGGUUACUGCUCUCCUCUGACAGAACUACUCUCCUCCUAACUGAGACCAGCUCCACAGAAUGCUGAGCCCCAUUGCCCCCUAUAGCCUGUAUAAGAUGCACUGGAACCCGGAGCAUGCCCAGUCCCUCAGCCAGUCCCUCAGCCAGUCCCUCAGCCAGUGGCCUGAGCAGCACCUGGAUGUGUCCUCCACUACCUCCUCACCGGCCCACAAGUCUGAGCUUUACGCUGCUGGCCGCGCCCACGGCCGAGGUGGCCCCGCCCACGGCUACGCCUGGGCCAAUGAUGACAUUUCAGCCCUCACCGCCUCCAACCUGCUGAAAAGCUACGCAGAGAAGUACUGUGAUGUUCUAGACUUGCCAUACGACCGUCCACCGGGGCCCACUGCAGGGGCCUACCCAGAGCCAGGGGCUUUCGGAGGCCUUAUUGGCCUCAAGACUGAGCUGGAACCCUGGCCCCUGAGCCACAGUGCAGAGGGGCUCUACCCCGGGUCCCUGGACGGUCAGUCGGGCCCUAAGGCCGGGGCAACGUCAGCAGGGCCCCCAGGGGCCAGCAAUAUGUCGGGGGUCAACAGUAACCUCUCAGAGUCUUGUUAUAGUGGUAGCAGCUCCUCCUCUGGCUCUCACUCAGGUGACUACAACCGCCCCAGCUACAACGGUACCUACGUCUCGCCUGGCUACUGCCCCCAGCCCCCCUCAGCACUCCCCCCUGCCUCCCUCCAACACCCCCUCCAGCCCACACCCACCCUGUUGCCCAGCUACUCCCUCUCCACCUCGGUCUACAACUACCCCCCCAGCAGCUACCCCCACCAGCCCGGCCUGGGCCCCACCUACAGCCACCCCUCUGCAGGGUACUUACCCCCGGGGCUGGCCGCCCCCACUCCCCUCCCCUCCCGGCCCACUGUGGUCGGGGGUAGCUACGGCUACCAGGAAUCCGGAGGUGGGUUGAAGAGGAAGGCGUUUGAGAUGUCAUUGGACGAGGAGGAGGAUGGCUCUAGAUACAGUAAGUAUACAGGCUACGACCCAGUGAAGCCCGGAGGAGGGGACUCUCUCUCUCCCUACAGAGUGGGAGAUAAAGAAAACAGUGGCUUCACCACGGGCAGCACAGAUCCCCAGGCCUUCAAGGCCAGUAAGCUCUCCUCCCAGCCCCUCGUGUCCCCUCCGUACAGGGUGGCUUUAGCAGGGGGCUACAGCCCACCAGCAGGGAUGACUGGGGAGAAUGUAGGAGGAGGAGGGGGGUCAGAGAACCAGGGCUUCACCCAGCAGCAGCACCACUCCUCCCUGGCCCACAACAAUAAACUCCCCUCCCUGCAUGGCCAGGGCCAUUCUGGGUCUGGACCAGGGGAGUCGAGCAGCCUGAAGAGUCCAGACCCCAGGCUUCUGGAUCUAGUCAACGGGGAGGUGCUGGACUGUAGCCCGGCCCUGCUAUGGGGGGAGCUGGCUGGGCUGACCCACGUCAAGGCUGCUCUGGAGGAGGAGCUGCUGUGGCCCUGUCUUAGGCCCAGCCCCACUGUCCGCCCCCCAGCCACCGUUCUGUUAUUCGGCCCCCGGGGAGGCGGGAAGACCACCCUGGCACGCUCUAUGGCCUCCCAGAUUGGGGCCUCCUUCUAUAGGCUCAGCGGGGCCAUGUUAGCCUCUAAAGGCAAGGCUGAGGCUGAGGGGAUCCUGGGGGCCACACUGCAGGUGGCGGGGUCGAGGCAGCCCUCCGUGGUGCUGCUCAGUGAGGUGGAGGCUAUGGAGAAGGAGGAGGGGCUGAGGCAGGUGUUGCUAUCUGCCCUGGAGAAGGCCCAGAUGGAGUUAGGGUCGGCGGGAGGAGCCCCUGGGCUGGUGAUCAUGGUGUGUGCCACCGGUAGGCCAGACCUGCUCCAGGAUGCUGUGCAUCGGAGCUUCGCCAAGCGCUACCACGUGGGCCUGCCAGACGCUUUUUACACAAAGCCGAGUUGAGCACAACGUGCAUCUCGAGUUAGUUAGGAUUCCAUCCAAAGAUCCUGAUUAUUCGUGAUCCAAGACAUAAAUCAGUAAUGUGUUGUCAAGGUGACGUGGUCCAAGGAAAUGGAUAAUCAGGGUCCUGUUUAUGAGGCACCAAACAAAAUAAAACAUACAGAAACAGGGAAGGAACGACCUGGAUUUGUCCAAUAAGAAAAAUGUAUUUUCGAUUUCCGUUGCAAAACAGACUGAAUAGGGGCAGGACUACCUGGACUCGUCCAACAUAGAACGCAUUUUUGUUUUCCAUUGCAAAACUUUUUAAAACGUUUGCCCUAAUGAACAGGACCCAGGGUUGAUUAGGGAGAACCCCCUGUCGACUGACUGCUACUCUCAGGACUUUAUUCAUUACCAGUCCUCUCCUGUGGUGUUUUAGAUUUCAUUACCUUAUUCAUUACCAGUCCUCUCCUGUGCUGUUUUAGAUUUCAUUACCUUAUUCAUUACCAGUCCUCUCCUGUGGUGUUUUAGAUUUCAUUACCUUAUUCAUUACCAGUCCUCUCCUGUGGUGUUUUAGAUUUCAUUACCUUAUUCAUUACCAGUCCUCUCCUGUGGUGUUUUAGAUUUCAUUACCUUAUUCAUUACCAGUCCUCUCCUGUGGUGUUUUAGAUUUCAUUACCUUAUUCAUUACCAGUCCUCUCCUGUGGUGUUUUAGAUUUCAUUACCUUAUUCAUUACCAGUCCUCUCCUGUGGUGUUUUAGAUUUCAUUACCUUAUUCAUUAUCAGUCCACUCCUGUGGUCUUUUAGAUUUCAUUACCUUAUUCAUUAUCAGUCCACUCCUGUGGUCUUUUAGAUUUCAUUACCUUAUUCAUUACCAGUCCUCUCCUGUGGUGUUUUAGAUUUCAUUACCUUAUUCAUUACCAGUCCUCUCCUGUGGUGUUUUAGAUUUCAUUACCUUAUUCAUUACCAGUCCUCUCCUGUGGUGUUUUAGAUUUCAUUACCUUAUUCAUUACCAGUCCUCUCCUGUGGUGUUUUAGAUUUCAUUACCUUAUUCAUUACCAGUCCUCUCCUGUGGUGUUUUAGAUGUCAUGACCUUAUUUAGCAUCAUUAUUGGUCAUUUGGUGUGUGAAAAGAGCUUAGGAUCUGUUUGAACAACUAUAUAUUUUUUUAACCUAAAAUAUCAAUAGUAGCUCAUUGUCUCUUAUCAUGAUAUGUUAUUGACUUAAAACAUAGCUUCUCACCAAAAUCAUGACAUCAUGACCAUGACUAUAAUCAAACUUAAAAAAAAACAUUGAAAUGGAACGUAUUGGUCAUGAGACUGGGCUGUAUUUGAUUAUAGACUGGGUGGUUCGAGCCCUGAAUAUUGAUUGGCUAAAAGCCGUGAGACUGUAUACCACGGGUAUGACAAACAUUUCAUUUUAUUGUUCUAAUUACGUUUGUAACCAGUUUAUAAUAGUAAUAAGGCACCUCAGGGGUUUCUGGUAUACUGUAGGGCCAAUAUACCACAGCGUUGCAUCGUUCCUAAGAACAGCCCUUAGCCGUGGUAUAUUGGCCAUAUACCACACCCCUCGGGCCUUAUUGCUUAAAUAUACAACACUAUAAUUCAAAGACAUAAUGUCAACACAUUUAUUUGAAUGUUGAUUUAUCACACAUUCGUUCACCAGUUCCUGAGAACUGCUUUAAUACAGCGUAUAACACACACAGGCACAGUAAGGCAAGAUGGCGGCUCCUUGGAGGUUGCUUUAAUACAGAAUAUAACACAGACAGGCACAGCAAGGCAAGAUGGAUGUUGCUUUAAUACAGAAUAUAACACAGACAGGCACAGUAAGGCAAGAUGGCGGCUCCUUGGAUGUUGCUUUAAUACAGCGUAUAACACAGACAGGCACAGCCAGGCAAGAUGGCGGAAGUCUUGUUUGAAAUGCUCAGGAAAAAUGUCUUUACCUCAGAAAUUUGAAAUAAAGAAUGUAUGUAAUCUUCAGGUCUUGGUGGAGAGUAGAGGAGGAGAGAAAGUGGAGGAGAGAAGGAAGAGGAGAGAAAGAGGGGGAGGAAAAGGAGAAGAGCCCUAACAGAGUCCUGUUGCAUACACACUGCAGCUGUCUGUGCAUAUACCUUUGGGGAGAAACUUGAAAAUGCUACAAAGAGUAACAUUGAAUGUAAUUCAGGUAUUUCACAGGAUAUUUGACGCCAUAAAAUCAAUGGUUUUAUUAUUAUAUAUGAAUAUAAAUACAUGUUUUUAAAUUUGAAUGUCGAUUUUUUUUGGUGGAAGGCUGGUUGUGUUUAUGAAGUGUUAUGUUGAACACAGAAAGUAUUAAUUUUUUGUUGGACAAACUGUUUACAAAUCAACCCAAAGCAUUGUGUUUACAUGUACUAUUCACAAAUGAAUGUUAUAUACAUAUUUUAUUGUAAUAGAUGUAAUUAUUCAAUGAAAGAUAUAAAGAAAAGGUGCACAUUUAAAUUACACUUAUAUUUCAAACCUGGACACAGACAAGAUAUAACAGAAGAAAAUAGAAAAUGGACCUGAACAUGAUGUCUAACAAUAAAAAGUGGGUAGCCUAGUUGCUAGACCGUUGGGCCAGUAACCGAAAGGUUGCUGGAUCAAAUCCCCGAGCUGACAAAUCAAGGUCAAAAAUCUGUCUUUCUGCCCCUGAACAAGGCAGUUAACCCACUGUUCCCCAGGCGCUGAAGACGUGGAUGUUGAUUAUGGCAGCCCCCUCGCACCUCUCUGAUUCAGAGGGGUUGGGUUAAAUCAGUUGAAUGCUUUCAGUUGUACAACUGACUAGCUAUCCCCUUUUCACUAAUCAAUAUUAUGCUUAUGUAAAAUACAAUACUAGAUAUAACAUUUAGACAAGCCAGAGGAAAAUAUAUUCACAGGGUUGUGCUGUCGCUACCACUCUGUUUAACAGUCUGGAAACAUGAGGUCAUUCAGUUCAGUUCGGUACUGACGUCAUGUCAUGAAUACUGGUCUGUUACCAUAGUUAUGUAGACUGGAUGCGCGCUGGAGGAUGAUGUAAUGUUCUUAUUUUUCCUCUCCCCCCAAUGCAAUCUCAUUAUGGUAGUAUCACACCCCCCUUCUUUUGGAGUGGCAUUGCUCUGAUUGGAUAUAUCACCACUCUGGCCUCCCAGUGUCCUCAGUACAGCUGGUGUCUUCAGUCAUGCCAUACAGCUGGGUCAAACACACUGACCCCAGGGUUCAGGCACAUAUUGAUCACUUUGUCUCAAAUGGCACCCUAUUCCCUUUAUAGUGCACAACUUUUGACUAGGGCCUUGGUCAAAAGUAGCGCACUAUAUAGGGAAUAGGGUGCCAUGGGCCACAUGGUAGGUCUAAUAAAGUAAAAAUACAUCUUAAACUAAGCAGGAGAACUCAGCCUUAGGAAGGUACUGAGAGACGGGUUAAAUAUGUAAUCAUUUAUAUGCAACUACAUUAAGAUACAUAAUUGAUAAUAAUCAUUACAGGCUGUUAUAAUUCGUUUUCAGAUAGAGGUGUUGCAUAUCAGGCAGGGCCUAGGGCUUGAGGCCAACUGUCAUAGUUUAAAACAGAGGUAAUGAGAGUUUAGUUCAUGAUUAGCAGCCUAUAUCUAUACUAUAAUUAGUCAAUGUGAUUCGUUAAACAUCUUUCAGCCAUUUCACCAGGCUCAGAUUCCCCAAAACAUCCAUGUUUGUCAAACAUGUAGAAUUUGGUUGAAUAUACUUAUUUUGUUAAUUUUUCUGUUAGUUGGUUUGUUGUUUUUAGUUAAUGGAUUACCUCGCUAAACAUAUAUGUUACUGCUUGAUGGUAUCAGUCCGAGUUAAUUAGCAGGAACGGCUCAGAUCAUUAGAAGGUAUUGAUGAUUGGGUGAGGUAGCCCUUUUAAAGUACAAUGACCUCACAAUGUCUGACUGAUUUCUUGGAAAAAGACUUGGUGAUAUACUGAUUAUCACAGAAUAGUCACCUAAUAUGACUAAAUAGUCAUAGGAUAGUCACUAAAUAGUCUCAGAUUGAACAGAAAUACUGAGAGGGAAAGCCCUGUCCUGAAUUGAUCUGGGAUAAUGCUAUAAUGCCAAAGUUUCAAAUGAGAUUCCUACUUAUGGAGAAAUUGUUUCACCAAUGCAGCAGCAUGUUAGGAUUUUGUGUUCAUAUCACUGAAGUCCAUCACGUCUACAAUACACCUGUUUGUAAUCAGUGUUUUGCCUUUAUAAAGCCAAUGAGGAAAUAAAAAAUACGAACAGUUUGUCCAACAAAAUAGCCUUUCGUUAGCUGUUUUUAAUCUAUUAUUACAGUGACUUUGUUUUUGGUUCUUGUACAUUUUCUGUAACCAUUUCUACCUCAUUUUGCAACAUAUUGUACAUGAAGUAUUGAUUUCAUGUCUGUUUUUUUAUGUCUGUUUUCAAACUGAUAAUGUUCUUGAACUGUAAUAAUGGUCUACCUCAGAAAAGACUACGUUAAAAGAAGAUUAUCACACACUAUUAAACAGAAAUGUGUCAAUAUUGAA